GUGCUCUGUUAACAACGAUCAUGUUACGGAUGUCCACAACAACAAUCGUCGAACGUGGUUCUUGCUCAGCCUAUCGCCAUAGUGCAUUGAAGUGGUUAUCAAGAAGUGCUAAGCAUGGUUUCAACUUCACUGCAGCCUUAACAGUGGCUUUUGCCGAUAUUUUCGAUGCGAUAAUGAUUGUUGAGAACGAUGAUGUGGAAACGCUACAAAGGGCUGUAAUAAAUGAUGGAUUAGAUGUGAAGAGUCGAAUUACAACUGGACAUCUGGGUGUAUGUGGUUCGGAAAUGCUAUUGAAUAAAAUUGAAACGUUGCAAAAAAGGACACUGCGAGAGGCAAAGCACUCAGAGAACAGUGGUCUCACAAGUAAGGAGAAGAGUCGUCAAAUAAAACAUCUUGAGAAACAAUUGCUACAACUGAGACGAAUGAAAUCAGUUGUCAAAAAUUGUGUCCUUCUGUGUCCUUUCACGGACGUGUACGCUACUGUUACAUCUUCUGAUACCAUCACAGUGGAAUGGAAAAAACCACGUCCCCAUAUAGAUUUCGAGAUGCUUAUUGCUGUCAAAGGUAUUCUUGCUAAAGUCCUCAGUCUCUCCAAAAUUUCUUUCACUCGCAUUUCAGUUGAAUGGAGCUUAUCUGAUAAAUUCACUCAUGUAGAAGGUGAGAUGAUUGAGAAGGAUCUAAGAAAUAAUAGGACGCAGAUAAGCGGUUUACGCAAAGGCUUACGAUACUCAAUUCGAGUGAGCCCAGGAAAUAUACGUGGAUUCGGUAGUCCAUGCAUUGCUACACCACGACUCACACUGCUCUCAGGUUGGGACGAUGUCAUUGAUAACUCAAAGCCAGAUGAUAGUGUCAAUGGAAUUAACGGUUUGCUUCAGGAUGAGGAUAUGUAUUGGGCAAUGAAAUUAUCGCUUUGCUGGGAUGAACUACAACAUUUUAAUGAAUGCUCGUUAUCGAACUCAUCGAAUGCAUCCUUUCGUAAUAACUUUGUCGAUGCAGUCACACAUAUGCAAAAUGCUAUCGGUGUUAAGGAGAUUGGCCGCAUACAUUUCAGAGUUCAUCACGAAACGAUUAGUUGUGCCGAACAAAGUACAAUUUUUCUUGUUACCGUCCGCUUUGUGGACAAUUGUCACUCCAUACAGAUUCUCUUCUCAACGGUGCUUGCUUUUUUUUUCAGAAAAAAUGGACAUGUAACGAAAGAGGAAUGGGACUGGUUGCGACUACUCGACAUAAAAUCCUCCAAUAAACCAUCGCCUACGCAACUUGAUUUUGAAAGCAACAUUAUUGCAGCCGCAACUGUGCUUCUCCGUGAUCUCAACAUUGCGAGCGAUCUCAUACCUUUGCAAAGAAUUUAUCGAUUUCAAGUUUUCGAGCUGAACUUUGGUGUUUCAUUCAUUCUGAUGCUUCCGCAGAGUGAAGAAGUAUGUUCGGCACCAUCCCACUCUUGGGAAGUGAUCAAAAACCAUUAUCAGGAACGAGAAUAUUUAUCGGUGCCAUUGCCAGUAUUCGAGAUGUUUCACCUUUCUACGUACAGCUUGAAUCUCAUCGCAACAUACUGUCGACUCUCAGUGUUCCUCGAACAUUUCAUUACGGUUGUGCAAUAUAAGCAAAGAAACUGUUUGUUGCAAGGAGACACAAAGGUACUUGGACAGCUACUUCAGACGUUGUUCGAAUUUCAACGCAGACUCGAAAACGUUUGGAAAUCAGCACGCUGGAUUGGCCGUAUAGCAUCAACUGCACGCGAUAAACAAUCCAAAUGUGCUUUGCCACUGAGUAAUCUAUUGCACGCAUUGAAUACUCGCCAGCAUCGUUACGACUCUACCGAUGAAAAUAAUUAUGAAAAUGAACAGGUGGAGUGUUUUACUUCGCAUAAUAAUGAGGCAGGCACCUAUAUCGUAUUCUCAGUCCAAAAUUUGUUUGAAGCAAAUGGAACGAGCUCAUCGAAUACAAGUGAUGCUGAAGCAAGAAAUGCGACUUCAAUAGUUCCGUCAGCCAGAUAUUUUGCUGGUGUUGACAAGGCGGCUACCAUUUCAACGGAUGUCAUACGAAUCUAUACUGCUUAUGAAUGUGGAUUCUCGAAAGGCACAUCAAUACGUGUCCAAAUUGCUUCAACAACUACGUCACGUGAAGUAGUGGCAUUAAUCAUCAGCAAAUUCGCGAAAGCGGCUUCUUCAGUGAACAUCGACGAGCAAACAGCAGCAGAAGGAGAAGUUGAAUGUGAUGAAUAUUGUCUGUCAGCGGUGGUCGGCUCACGAGAACGUCGUUUACGUGACGACUUU